GUCAUAAAACUGCGACAGCAUAGGCGGCAGUUCGUUUUCAAUGGGUCUGUCAUUACAUUUACGUUAACCCUAAUUAAUUAAAUAGCCUGAAUUAAGAUGAUUCACGAAUUAUUGCUGGCUCUGAGCGGAUACCCGGGGGCUAUUUUCACAUGCAACAAAAGAAGUGGUUUGCAGGUGUCCCAGGACCUGCCAUUCCUCCAUCCCAGCGAGACUAGCGUCCUCAAUCGAAUCUGUAAACUGGGCUCGGACUACAUACGCUUUACCGAGUUUAUAGAGCAACACAGCGGCCAUGUGCAUCAACAAGAACAUAACACAAAUCAGGCCAGCCAGACGGGACUCCAUGGAAUUUACUUGCGUGCGUUCUGCACAGGACUGGACUCCAUGCUGCAGCCUUACAGACAGGCCCUGCUGGACCUUGAACAGGAGUUCCUGGGCGAUCCCCACCUGACCAUAUCCCAUGUGAAUUAUAAGCUCGAUCAGUUUCAGUUGCUUUUUCCCUCGGUCAUUGUGGUGGUGGAGACGAUUAAAUCCCAGAAGAUCCAUGGCUGUCAAAUCCUGGAAACGGUAUACAAGCACAGCUGCGGGGGUCUUCCUCCUGUACGCAUGGCCUUAGAGAAGAUCCUUGCAGUGUGUCACGGUGUGAUGUACAAACAACUUGCAGCAUGGAUGCUGCACGGAUUACUUCUGGACCAAAACGAGGAGUUUUUCGUCAAACAGGGUCCCAGCGCUGGCGGAGCGGCUUCGAACCAGGAGGAGGAAGAAGAAGAUCUCGGCCUGGGAGGCCUAAGUGGCAAACAGCUGCGAGAACUACAGGACCUGAGGCUGAUCGAGGAGGAGAACAUGUUGGCUCCAUCUCUCCAGCAGUUCUCCCUGCGAGCAGAAAUGCUGCCUUCUUAUAUUCCCAUACGAGUGGCAGAGAAGAUUCUCUUUGUUGGAGAGUCCGUUCAGAUGUUUGAAAACCACAACCACAGCCCAUCUAGAGCUGGCUCCAUAUUGAAGCACCAGGAGGACGCCUUUGCCGCUGAGUUGCACAGACUCAAACAACAGCCUCUCUUCAGCCUGGCCGAUUUUGAGAACGUAAUCGAUCGCAUCAGAAGCACCGUGGCAGAGCAUCUAUGGACGCUGAUGGUGGAGGAGUCUGACCUUCUCGAGCAGCUCAAGAUCAUCAAGGACUUCUAUUUGCUGGGCCGCGGCGAGCUCUACCAGGUUUUUAUCGACCUGGCGCAGCACAUGCUGAAGACCCCGCCGACGGCGGUCACAGAGCAUGAUGUAAACGUGGCCUUUCAGCAAGCGGCUCAUAAAGUGCUGCUGGAUGAUGAUAAUCUGCUGCCUUUACUGCACCUCACCGUCGACUACCAGGGCAAAGACAGCAAAGAGACGGCAGCUCCUCGAGACGGAGCCACUCCUCCCCAAGACAUCUCCCCCCGUGAGAUGCCCCCCACUGGCUGGGCGGCCCUCGGCCUCAUCUACAAGGUUCAGUGGCCGCUGCACAUCCUGUUCACUCCCGCCGUUCUGGAAAAGUACAACGUUGUGUUCAGGUACCUGCUGAGCGUGCGACGCGUGCAGUCGCAGCUGCAGCACUGCUGGGCCCUGCAAAUGCAGAGGAAACAUCUCAAGUCCAGCCAUACGGACGCCAUCAAGUGGAGGCUGCGGAACCACAUGGCUUUCCUCAUUGAUAACCUGCAGUACUACUUACAGGUGGAUGUUCUGGAGUCCCAGUUCUCUCAGCUGCUUCAACAGAUCAACUCCACCAGAGACUUCGAGAGCAUCAGACUGGCCCACGACCAUUUCCUCAGCAACCUGCUGGCCCAGUCCUUCAUCCUCCUCAAGCCGGUCUUCCACUGCCUCAAUGAGAUCCUGGAGCUCUGCCAGAGCUUCUGCUCCCUGGUGAGUCAGAGCGUGGCCUUACUGGACGAGAGGGGGACCGCCCAGCUGGACAUCCUGGUCAAGGUGGCGUGGGGCUUCAGGCGUCAGUCCUCGGUGUUGUUCAAAAUCCUGUCGAGCGUCAGGAACCACCAGAUCAACUCGGACCUGGCGCAGCUGCUUCUGCGACUGGACUACAACAAGUACUACACCCAGGCCGGAGGCACUUUGGGCAGUGUUUAAGAAGACGACAAAAGGACGACGCCGUCAACUUCCUUCGAUAUUUGUCCCUUUUGCACAAAAUUGUAAAUAUUAAAAGCGUGUAUUAAUUUGUGUCUGAUAAAUAAAACAAUCCACAACUGAAAGAAGGCUGAAAAUGUAUUCAUAAAA